AUGAUGCUCGACAUGAUGCUCGACAUGAUACUCGACAUGAAACCCGACAACCUGGAAACUUCCCUGAGUCAGCAGGCUAUGAAUUACUAUCUGCAGAUGGCCCGCCGUCGACUGUAUCAGGCAGCAAUCAAAUCGCUGCUCAAAGCAGGGGCGAGCGCCACCUUAAAGGACACUCAUGGGCGCAUGGCACUCUCCCUGGUAGCGCAGACGGCUCAAGGUGGUCAAUACACCAAGACCAGGCCGAGGAAUGAGUGA